CUUGCGUACGUGUUCGUUAAUAUUCUACACAUAGUGUUUAACAAUAAAGUAUCUCGUGUAUAUGUAUAUUUUAUUAUUUAUAAAAUUAUUACAAAAGAAUAAUAUUUUAAAGAAUAUUAUUCAUAUUUGUUAUUAGUGACGGCUGAUGUAUGCACUUAUUAAUAUGGAAAAGAAAAUUAUAUUCUCAAUUUUUCUAUUAAGUUUAAUAAUUAAAGAAGGGGAAAGUCUUCUAUGUUACAGAUGUAACAGUAAUCAUCCUGGGUGUGGCACUCCAUUAAAUUGGUUAUGGUAUUGGGGAGAAUCUUGUCCCGAGUACGACGAUAAAUGUGUUAAAAUAAUUGAGAGAAAAGGAGCUGAGACCGUUAUUACAAGAGAAUGCUUGAGUUCUGUACGUAGUUUUAGAACAGAUAUGCCAGCAGAUCGUUAUGAAGGGUGUCGCCCUGCUGCAAAAGAUCUUCGUUUAGGACAUUAUGUAAAUAAUAGUAUUCAUCAAUUAGAUAUCCAUAGAGAUUAUUAUGACGAAGUAACAUGGUGUUUCUGUUAUUUUGAUAAUAGAUGCAAUAGUGCUAGUAGUUAUAAUAUAUCCAUCCUAUUGCUAGCAGUAUCUAGUAUUAUAGGAUAUUUUGCAACAUAACAAUGUUAUGAAUCAAACUUCAUAGAUCAUUCAUAUAUGACUGGAGCAAGGUUAUAAAAUUCUUUUUCAAUUAAUUUUUUAGUUCUGUUUUCAGACAUUAAGAUCUCAAUACAUUUAGUUUGGCAAAUAUAAUAUGCUCAUUUUUAUAUAAAAUUAUUAAUUUGUAGUUUUAAACAGAUUAUUUAUAGAACAAUGUAAUUGAGAUGUUUUUAUAUGUGUCAUGUGGAAAAUAUUGUGUAAAUUUUUAUUGCUAAGUAUGACAACACAAAGAUACCAAUUUAAAAGUACAACAAAAUAAUUGAUAGAGGUUAGUUAAAGACAUAUACAAGUUUAGAAGUAUUUUAAAUCUAAUUACAUAGAAAUGUAUUCACUCAUUUAAUCCGUCCAAAAAUUUAGUAUAAAAAUCUAUCAUCACUUUUAUAUUUUAAACGAUUUUUAUAAACAUUAAGUUAUUAAAUUUUAUGUUUAUUGUAUAAGUAUGAUAGUUUUAUAGCAUUGUUAAUAAUAAUAUACGCAACAGUAAUGUUAUUGAACUAUUUUUAGAACAACAAGAAUGUUUAAUUAUGCAUAAAUUUAUCUUAUUUUCACAUAAAAAAUUAAUACUACUUACAUAUAAUUUU